ACGUUGUCAGACGGCGGGACACGGGGGCCAUCCGUGUCGACUUCUGGAUCUCGAGGCCUUAGCUCCCCCUCCAAACCUGGUCCCUGCCCGGCUUUUCGAGCCCUUCCCUUCGUUUCACGAGGAUCCCCGUUAUUUCUUCCUUUACUUAUCUGCCCCCAAUAAUUUAUUUUAUAUCUGUUUCUCGGAAGGAACCCCCUGUGAGAUUCCGAGACGACCUCCAGCUCUGCCCUCUACUCGAAACCCACCCUGCCUCUACACAACUUAUUAAAUUAAAAUGCUCGAAUCAUCGACCGUAUCCUUGCUGCUCCAUCCCAAUCGCACCAGUCUGCAUCUCUCUUCUCCCCUCUUUCUAAUCUCUCCAGGUCGUUGCAAUGGAGCAAUGGAUUCGGCCGCUGCUACCGGUCGUCGUCUUCUUCUUUUGUGCGGAUCUGGUGCUAUCCACCGAUCCGCCACUUUCUCCCAAGGGCGUGAACUACGAAGGUACCUCCCCAUCAGUUCAAUGCCUAGAAGGCUGCAGUAGUGAUCUUGGACUGUUUUGCUUCAUUUUUGAGCAAUGCGGGUUAUCAAUGGAUGGUGCAGUGGCGGCUCUGAUGUCGGUGAAGAGCAAGAUGUGGGAUGAGGCGGGAGCGAUGGACGGGUGGGAUAUCAACUCGGUGGACCCCUGCACCUGGUCCAUGGUUGGCUGCUCCCCCGACGGCUUCGUCAUCUCCCUGGAGAUGGCCAGGAACGGCUUGUCUGGUACGCUGUCUCCAAGCAUUGGGAACCUGAGCCACCUCCAGACCAUGUUACUGCAAAAUAAUAAAAUAUCUGGUCCUAUUCCACCUGAAAUUGGGAAGCUGUCACAACUCAGGACUCUUGACCUUUCUGGCAAUCAGUUCAUUGGUGAAAUUCCAAGAUCACUUGGAUUUUUGAAUCAACUAGGUUACUUGCGUCUUGACAAGAAUAAUUUAUCUGGCCAGAUCCCUGAAGCUGUUGCUAAUCUUUCAGAUCUUUUGUUCUUAGAUUUGUCAUUCAACAAUCUUAGUGGUCCAACUCCUAAGAUCCUUGCAAAAGAUUACAGUGUUGCAGGAAAUAGGUUUCUUUGCAAUUCAUCUUUCUUGCGUGGUUGUGCAGAUGUUCCAUUGCCAAUUAAUGAAACAAAAUCAUCCAGACAACCAAGCAACCACCAAUUAGCAAUAGCCAUUUCUUUAAGUGUCGGCUGUACUCUAACAGUCGCCAUACUGCUGCUUGUUUAUUGGCUACAUUAUUGCAGAUGGCGUUUGCCUUUCGCUUCUGUUGGUCAAGAUUAUGAAUUUGAAAUGGGCCAUUUGAAGAGGUUCUCAUUUCGUGAGCUGCAAAUUGCAACUGAUAAUUUUAAUUCUAAGAAUAUAUUAGGUCAAGGUGGAUUUGGAGUUGUUUAUAAAGGUCAUCUCAGAAAUGGCACUGUGGUGGCAGUGAAACGGUUAAAAGAUCCCAGCUUUACUGGGGAAGUUCAGUUCCAAACAGAAGUAGAGAUGAUUGGCCUAGCUUUGCACAGGAACCUCUUACGGUUGUAUGGAUUUUGCAUGACAUCACAUGAGAGGCUACUUGUGUAUCCAUAUAUGCCAAAUGGGAGUGUUGCUGAUCGUUUGAGAGAUCAUCAUCAUGAGAAACCAUCCUUGGACUGGAGCAAACGAAUGCGAAUUGCACUUGGGGCUGCCCGUGGGCUAUUAUACUUGCAUGAACAAUGCAAUCCAAAAAUCAUUCACAGGGAUGUUAAAGCUGCAAAUAUUUUGCUUGAUGAAAGCUUUGAAGCAGUAGUUGGAGAUUUUGGGUUGGCCAAACUCCUGGAUCAGAGGGAAUCGCAUGUUACAACUGCAGUUCGAGGUACCGUGGGACACAUUGCUCCAGAGUAUCUAUCUACUGGGCAGUCCUCAGAGAAGACAGAUGUGUACGGAUUUGGCAUUUUGCUGCUGGAGUUAGUAACAGGACAAAAAACCUUGAGUUCUGGAAAUGGCGGUGUUCAGAAAGGAAUGAUUCUUGACUGGGUUCGGGUUUUAUAUGAGGAGAAGCGACUCCAUGAGAUGGUUGAUAGAGAUCUUCGUGGUUCUUUUAAUGCAGCUGAGCUGGAGAAUGCUGUUGAGGUGGUUCUCUUGUGCACUCAAUCCAAUCCUGGUCUUCGGCCAAAGAUGUCAGAAGUUGUGAAAACUCUGGAAGCUGGGGUCCAACCAGGAGAAAAUCCAGAAGAGUCAAAUGGUGAACCGCUGUAUGGAAGAUCCUGCAGCUUCUCUAGAAGUUGUUGUGAUGAUAAUGAAGCAUCUUCUUUUAUUAUUGAACCAAUCGAGCUUUCAGGGCCCAGAUGAUAACCAGCUCAAACUGUUCUAGUUUAUUUUUGGCUAUUUUGUUCUUAAAGCACAGGAGAGAAGUUUAAUCUAAUGAUACAUGGGAGUUGUAAACUUAAUUGGAAAAUCUUGAACAGUGCAGAAGAGAACGUGACCAUUUUGGCUGUUAAAAAGGAAUAUUAAGUGUAAAUAUCAUCUCACUGUAAUUAUGUGAAGUCAUUUGCUCUCUGAAAGUUUUGAGUUAAUGUCAGCAUGCUUACUGAAAGCUAAUUGCAAAGUGUAAA